CCUNCCAUGCAGCUCUUCAUCCGUGGCCAGACCCUCCUCACCCUCGAGCUCUCCGGCUCCGAGACCCUCGCCCAGAUCAAGGAGAGGGUGGCCGAGCUUUCGGGGGUCCCCCCCGAGGACCAAGUGCUGCUCCACGCCGGGACCCCCCUGGACGAUGAGGCCGUGCUGGGGCAGAGCCCCCUCCCCGAAUUCACCACCCUGGACCUCUCCACGCGCCUGCUGGGCGGGAAGGUGCACGGCUCCCUCGCCCGCGCCGGCAAAGUGAGGGGCCAGACCCCCAAGGUGGCCAAGCAGGAGAAGAAGAAGAAGAAGACGGGGCGGGCCAAGCGGCGCAUGCAGUACAACCGGCGCUUCGUCAACGUGGUGCCCACCUUCGGCAAGAAGAAGGGGCCCAACGCCAACUCCUGAGCUCAAUAAAGGAAUUUGGGCUCAA